AUAACAACAAUGUGUGUUCAUAAUCAUAUACUGGCCCGUUCACAAACUGACCCGUUGACAUACGAGUAAAUUAUCAUAAGUGUACCACUGGAGUUGUGAUACUGGCCCUACCAAUAAUAUUGAUAAAAAAACCAAGAUGGCGGAUGGGCUCCGUCGUGCGUGUCUUUGGAGCAUGCCUCGUUCCGUAUCCACAGCCAUGGUCAAGUGUCUGAGUUAUGUGGACGGAAUCCAGGUUGUUAAUCAGCUGUAUGCUGUUGGGCACUACAUGGGUGUCACUGGAGAACUUCCCGAACCAGAUCCGAACAACUCGACAGUGUGUCAAAUCCUGGACACUAUAAGGAGAUUUGAUGUUGAAAAGGACAAGGCAUCGGGGAUAGAUUACACCAUGUUGUCUUAUCAGUGGAUCCGGGAUGAGGUCUUGGAAGCCUCUUACCCCGACAAGAAGCUCCUUCUGUGUCGAGAUCAAGCCCAGUACCUGAACGGCAGAUACGACAUGUUACCUCGGGGAUUCAAGCACAGCUUCUUAAUCCGUCAUCCCAUCAGAGUCUUCCGAUCUUACAAAACUUUUCUCGCCAAUAUGUGGGGGUGUGAGAUUCCUGACAUGCGGGCCCUGCCUCCCAUAGCGUUUCCAUCUGGGUGCGGUUUCAAGGAACUCUACGAUUUGGCCGAGUACGUCCGGGAGAAUAUCGACCCCUCACCGGUCAUACUGGACGCCGAUGAUCUGCUGCAGGACCCGGCGGGGAUCUUGUCGACCUAUUGCUCCAGGAUGGGAAUACCGUACUCCGACAAUCUGCUGUCCUGGCAAGCCGACGGUGAUGACAUCACCAAAACCUGGAUCAUGGGAAAUAUUGUCCAAGCAUCGAACAGGAGGAAUGGCUUCUACAAGCGAGCAUUUGAGAGCGUGGGAUUCGAGGAACCUUCCCUGCUACCUGAUCUGGCGAGCCUGCCGGAUGACGUGCAAGCGUGUGUUGAGUACAGCAUGGAUUACUACGAAAGACUGCAUCGUGAAAGAAUCAAGCCUCAAAAUAAUUAGUAUUCAGACCUCUGGGUCAUUAUAUUUAAUAGCAGUUGAUCAAAAAUAUAUUUACUGUCUUAACACUAACUCUGCUUCUGCUUCUGCUUCGGUACUGCCUUAUAAAACACCCUGUGGAGGAAUAAGCACGCAGGCGUAGUGCGCUCACUUUAUCGUAUAGGCCUAACUAGAAAUAUUUCAUUUUUAUACCUUGGCCUUCAUGAUUUUCUAUCGGCAAAAAAAGACAAGGCAAGGCUGUCAAAGCUACGGUGACUGAUCUAUGAACACAUGGUUUACAUUAGGGCGUUAUAACGACGUAAUAUCAUGGUGCCCUAUAUGAAAGGUGUCCUAAUUUUACGGCGGUAAAACACCGUAUUACCGCAUUAUAACGCCUUAUACAGCGUUAUAACGCCCUGAAUUUAUGACGUUAUAACGUCCUAUUAUGGUGUUAUUACGCCUUGUUACAAAUUUCUGGGGGGCCGAAAAGAAAGGUGGGGUCAAAAAACAAUUCCGCUCCAAAUUUUAUAUGAAAAGAAAGUCAGUGGAGGGGCUGCGAAUGUAUUGAUUUUGUUGAAUUUUGUGGGUAGUUUAUGCAAUGGCCAAAAAAAUGUUCAUUUUGGCCCCCGUUGGGCCCCCUCUGGAUCCGCCAAUUUUAGCCGUAAUUAAAAGGGCGUUAUAACCCCGUAAAUAUUUAGGCCGUUAACGGCGACGCGGUGUAUUUGUAGGCAAGGCAGGCUGGCGCCUGUGUGACCGUUUUCUGGUGUACAAUUAAUUAUGCUUGCAUGGGAUACCUGCGAUCGCGAGCAAGCAGACCCGUUUUGUUUAAUCUCAACUUUUUACACUUGUUUUUCAGCCACAUUUUCUUUUUGUCCCUCGAUCUAACAUUAAUUGCUUAAUCAAAUACCACAUUUUCCCGGCUGAACUUCAAAACCAGCUUCGGUUUAAAAUAUUAUUUUGUAAAUAUAUUUCGUCACAAAAGAAAGGAAAGGUUUAUUUAAAAACGCAAAUACUUUGUAAAUUAAUAUUUGCAGAACGAAAUGAAUAGCUUCGAGGGAAAGGAAAGGAAAAAACUGUAAUAGUUUUUGAAUCAAACACCCGGACAAUAUAGACGAUAUGGACAAUAUUUUCUUGAACUCAGGAUGAGUAGGGGUACAAUACGUGUAACAGAAUUCCACUCGAAGACAUUGAAAGCUUCAGCAGUUUAGCGGGAGUUAUAAGGCUAAUCGUAUACGUAAACCUCGAUGUCUAUUGUAAACACUCAGAUAACUGAUGUGAAUAGUUUUAGUAAUGAUAUUUAUUAGCAGAUACGAUUUUACUACGAUAGUUUUAUUUGAGUUGAAGUUUGAAAGUGAUUGUUAUAGACCUGAUGUCAUAACGAGAAAAGGCAGGGGGCAUCAUCACAGCUUUUGAGUUCUCGUUACUGUCAGUGUCUGAUUGGCAAACUUCAAGCAGCAUGCAGUACAAUGUAUUAUGGUUUCCAUGUAGAUGCUUACAACUUGGCAAUAAAUACUUUAUUUUUCUAUGUAA